GAGUGUGUAACCUGUGUGCGUGUGUGUGUGUUCCAGAGGGAGUCUCUGACGCGAGCACACAGUGAGGAGAUGGGCCGAACCGUCCCAGGGCUGCCAGAUGGCUGGAUGAAGUUUCUGGACACGGUGACGGGCACCUACAGAUAUUACCACUCUCCCACCAACCGCGUGCACCUGUACCCUCCGGAGGUCCACACGCCUCAGAUCCAGCUCAGCGCCGCUAAAGCCAAGCCACCGCAGCCCACCGAGACGGAGAAAGAGCAGGAGCAGGAGCGCGAGAGAGAGGAGGAGCGGGACCGAGAGCAGUCCAAACUCAAGCGCUCGUACUCCUCUCCUGACAUCAGCCAAGAGCUGAGCGCAGAGACCAGCAGAAAACCUGCAGCCGUGCACACACACACACACACACACACACACACACACGAGCCGCUGACCACCGCUGCUGCUUACACUAAGGUGAAGAUCGCUCGGCCGUCUGCAGCUCAGAUCCGGAACCUGAACCCGGUGUUUGGAGGUCAGGGGCCGUUGCUAAUGGGCCUCCGUAACCUCGGCAACACCUGCUACAUGAACUCUAUCCUCCAGUGCCUGUGUAACACGGUCGCCAUGGCAGACUAUUUCAACAGGAACAUCUAUCAGGACGACAUUAACCGGGCCAAUAUUCUGGGUCACAAGGGCGAGGUGGCCGAGGAGUUCAGCGUCAUCAUGAAGGCGCUGUGGUCAGGACAGUACAAAAUGAUCAGCCCGCAGGAUUUUAAAGGCACCAUCUGUAAAAUCAACAACCGCUUCUCCAGCUACGAGCACCAGGACUCUCAGGAGCUGCUGCUGUUCCUCAUGGACGGCCUGCACGAGGAUCUCAAUAAGGCGGAUAAGCGACGCGGGUAUAAGGAGGAGGACAUCGAUCAUCUGGACGACGUGAGCGCAGCAGAGCUGGCCUGGUCCAAACACAGGCUCCUGAACGAGUCCAUCAUCGUGGUUCUGUUCCAGGGUCAGUUUAAGUCCACGGUCCAGUGCAUGAGCUGCCAGCACAAGUCCCGCACCUUCGAGACCUUCAUGUACCUGACUCUGGAGAUGACGUCCAGCAGCAAGUGCUCGCUACAGGACUGUCUGAAGCUGUUCUCUAAAGAGGAGCGUCUGACCGCAAAUAACCGCUUCUACUGCCGCCACUGUAAGACGCACCGAGACGCCAUCAAGAAGAUGCAAAUCUGGAAGGUUCCGCCCAUUUUACUGGUACACUUGAAACGGUUUAAAUACGACGGGCGGUGGCGGGAGAAGCUGCAGACGCUGGUGGAUUUCCCGCUGGAUAAUCUGGACCUGUCACAGUACGUCAUCGGACCCAAACCCAACCUGAAGAAGUACAGCCUGUACGCUGUGUCUAAUCAUUACGGUGGGCUGGACGGCGGUCACUACACUGCUUACUGUAAGAACCCUCUCAAGCAGCGCUGGUUCAAGUUUGACGAUCACGAGGUGUCCGACAUCUCCGCCUCCUCAGUGCGCUCGGCCGCCGCCUACAUCUUCUUCUACUCCUCUCUAUGAGGGUCAGCAACAGGUUGUCACCAUGGUGACCGGGUGAUUGACGCAUGUGUGACAUGCAGCUGUGAGCGGAGCUAUAGCCCUUUGCAUGAGGACUGAUGGACACUUCUGCUGAGGGAACGCCCCUCUCUCUCUCUCUCUCUCUGUGUCUCUCUCUCUCUCUCUCUCCCUCUCUCAGUGGGUGGUUCAGCGGCGUCUGUAUUCCUGUAGGAGUCUGAACUCAGAUUCGUCUCUCACUCGGAGCGUCGGCCUGCUGUCUCCAAACUCACGGCUGGACUUGAUGUCAUUUAGACGGACCGUGUGAGAUUAGACGUCCAUACAAGCGCACUAUAAUCCGAACCGCUCAUUAGACGUGCACCUGCCGCUUAGGGAGAUGCGUUUCAUUUAUUUAUACGGUGACCAAAUAUAACCGGUGCUGCCAGAUCCGAAAGCGACAGAGACUCCGGAUGAGAAGAUUCAGCUGAUGGUUAACAUUAAAUCACUCACAAACACACUCGUCAUUGUCGUGACGUUCACACGCACUAGUAUCUUCCAGCGUUACGCGUAGCUUGGGCCCUGUUCUGUUCUGUAGGCUAGUGUUCAGGGAUCGGCUAGUGCAAUAACCCUCAUCCACUGAGACUGAAACUAGCUCAUUAAACCCCAUCAGUGACACUACAGUCAGCAUUAGCAGUAGCUCUGACGCGAUCAUAUCAUACACCUGUCUCUGUACUAAUACUCCUCUGAAUCAAGCAUCUCUCACUGGUGCAUGAGCUUCUGAUGCACUGACUGACUGAUUCUCUCACCUGGUUUCUUAUAAUAUUAAGCGCAAUCUUUAAAUCCAUGUAUUAGCCUAUAAACCUUAAACAUGCAUAAAUAAACAGAUGUAACACACGUGUGCUUUGAGUUGUCUGACUGUA